AUGGUGACUACAGAUCCAGCAGAUCUAGAUACCCAAGAUUCCAAAAUAGUUCAUCAGUUAGGAUGGAGAAUCAAUAUCACAUCAAUAAUCUUUGAUUACUUUGUGCUUGAAUGCAGCAACACUCUGAAGGAAUCCUUGUUUGAGAAACUCCGACAGUUUCAAUGUCACUUCACAUGGGUUCCAGAGAAUGACAACACUGACUUCAGUGACUUGAAGCUGAGAUUACAAGAUUCUAUAAAACUUGGUGUAAAAUAUCAAGCCACAUCCUACAACCAUCUUGCUUUUGUAAACUGUCAGCAAGGUGACUAUGAAGAAGCAAUUCAAAAUUUAAAGGAAGCUGAAAAGAUAUGGAGAGAGAACCACAAAGAUGACUUUGAAAGAAGAAGCAUCAUCACCUAUGGAAACUUUGCCUGGGUGCAUUACCACAUGGGAGAACUGACUGAGGCCCAGUCCUAUCUCGACAAGCUGGAGAUGAUCUGUAAACCGCUCAGUGAUGGCCUUCGCUAUACAGCAAUGAUACCCCAGGUGUACGGGGAGAAGGGAUGGUCAUUGUUGAGUUCUGCUGCUGAAUACUAUGAGGAGGCAAAGGAAUGUUUUGAGAAGGCUCUGCAGGACGAUUCUGAUAACGUGGAGUGGACUAUGGGCUAUGCAACUGCUUUGCUUCGUCUGGAAGGUAUUUCUGGUGUUCCAAAGAAUCAGGAGCGAAGUCAGCCAGUGAAGUAUCUGCGACGGGUGCUGGAGCUUGACCCAGAUGACACGGUGGCCAUGGUUAUGUUGGCCCUAAAACUGCAAGAGUUCAAGGAAACAGAGAAAGCAAAUGAAUUAAUUGAAAAAGCAUUGAGGAAGACCCCAGGUCUGCCAUAUGUGCUUCGUUAUGCAGCAAAGUUUUACAGAAUAGGAGGAGAUCUUGAUAGAGCAAUAGGCCUGUUGAAGGCAGCUUUAGAAUUUACUCCAUGCUCAUCCUUCUUACACCACCAAGUCGGUAUGUGUUACAGAGAAAAACUGUUCAGACUGAAAAAGAAAGCAGACUGCAACCAUCCUGACAGAUCUGCAUUUCAACAGAAAGCUAAGUUGAUCAGUAAGUGUAAAUAUCACUUUGAAAAGGCAUUUGAUCUCAAACCAUCAUUUACUUUUGCAAAAUUGGAUUUUGCAGGAAUCUGCUUGGAAAAUGGAGAAGUAGACCGAGCAGAGGAGAUCUACAACAGUCUGCUGAGCUUGACGGAUCUUGCUUCAGAUCAUAAGCAGGCAGUAGCUUUACAAGUUGGAUUGUUUGAACUGCACCACAAAAGAUCUGAAUCAAAUGCCAUCGUCUAUUUCCUGGACGGACUUAAAAUCCAUCAUGGAAGUAAACAAUGGAAGCUCUGUGACAGUAACUUGAGGAAGAUCUUUAAAAAACAAAUUAAGAGGAAUCCAAGAAACAGCAAAGCCUUUGGUGUUCUUGGAAUGGUGCACCAGCUGGCUGGGGAGAAGGAUGAGGCUGUUAAAUGCUUUGAAAAGGCCUUGGAAUUUGAUCCUGGAAAUGAAGAAUAUCUCAAUGCUCUGUGUGAAUUACACCCUUCUAAUUAGGCUCUAGUUACCCAAACUGAUCCGGGGGUACACUGACUGUGGAAAGUCUUUCCUCAACCAUUUUUAGCUGCUAGAGUUGUCUGAUAUUAUGUGCAGUACAUUAAUAGAAACACAUUUAAUUCAUGUUUCAUUUGUGAUCUUCUGUAGGCUUUCUGCUGAAUAUUGUGACCAUACAAUCUACAUUGUAUACCAUACAGUCCCAUCAGUUCUCCAAUUUCUAUUUGAGAUGAAGUGACACUAUUUCAGGUACAUCUGAUGCUAUGGCUAGAUCAGUAGCACUAGCAUGUAAACAGAUCUGUAAUUUCCCAGUCCAUGGGUCCAAUUUAAUCUGGUGUUGAUUGCGAGUUCACAAAAUUCUAGGUAAACUGAGAUUUGUGUGACAGCACCAAACAAGAAGUUUCCUUGUUAAUAAAGCUUGCUCUGAAAGAUAAUGAAAUGAUUUGUAAAAUUCACAAAUGAGAAAGGAGAGCACUUAACACCAUUGUUUCCCCAAUUGAGCCAUAAACAAUUAUAACCCAAACCCGUGGAAUGUUCUGUAUUCUAGUUUACACUUGUGAUUGAUUACUAUAAACUUUCCUUAGUUUUACAUUUUUUCUUUUAAUAAUUGCAUUCCGAGCAAUUUUAAUUUGCAUACAAAAAUAUUCCAGAUGAAAUCUUUGCAAUUUGUAGUAGUGUCUAAAUGCUACAUUAGAAUUUGUUUACCUACCACACUAAUGAGUUAAAGCUUCAUGCAAUUUCCAGUGAAAAGCACCAAAGCAGACUCAAAAUGUUAAAAAUAUUAAAAUAUUAUGCUAUUAAAGCAGAAAAUUCUGAUAACAUUUAGCAAACUGAAUUUUUCAGACUGAAGAUUAGGAUGCUGCCUGACUUGUGUGUUUUUUUCAGAACUUGUACAGUUUUCCAAUGUUUGGAGUUUUAGUCGAACAUUAAUUUGAAAUCUUAUAUUCAUUUAUUUCUAUUUCCUUUUUAAUAUUGUUAAAUGAG